GACCAAAUUGAAUUCACAGGCCUCUUUCUUUUCUUUGGUUUGUUUAGGGUUAAACAAAGAUUCGAAGAAGAUUCACUUUGGCAGAUCAUAGUGGAAAAUUUCUUUUGAAAGAUCCAUGCCAAAGAAACUGCUAUUUUACUCACUUAAAUUGUUAUGGGCGAUUGACCAAAAAAUAAUUGUUGUGGGGGUUUUCUAGCUCCAGUGUUGGGAGCAUUUGCCCCCAUUGCUUGAUUCUUUAGCUUUCGUGAAUCCUUCUGGUUCUGGGGCCGUAAGCUCCAGUACUAUGAGCAUUUACCCCUACAUCCAUGGCAAGAAUCCGGUUUUGACUCGUAGCCUUCUUUGAUCAGAAGAAAGUAAAAAAAUUGUUUGUAAGGAGAUGGCAAGAUUCAAAAGAAAAGUUGUUAUUAUAGAUGGGGUGAGGCAAGAUGAGGGCACCAUCACCAACUAUAUGUUGGUGGCAUGUAUGGUUGCUGCCAUGGGUGGUCUCAUUUUCGGUUAUGACUCAGGAGGGGUGGCUUCAAGGGAAUUCUUCCUGAAGAAGUUUUUUCCAGCCUUAUUCCCGAUAGACAGUAAUGAAAAGAAUCACGCCAACCUAUACUGCAAAGAACACAGAAAACAGUACAUAAAUUUGUUCACUUCUUCUAUCUACAUAGCGGCAUUGGUAGCUUCCUUGAUUGCUUCAUCUGUAACCAGGUACUGUGGCCGAAACGUCUCCAUGUGCCUUGCUGGACUUAUCUACUUGGUCGGCGUUAGCAUAAGCACAGGUGCAAUCAACUUCACAAUGCUUGUCAUAGGUCGAAUGUUUAUCGGUGUAGGAGUAGGUUUUGGCAUUCAAUCAAUUCUAAUCUAUCUUUCAGAAAUGGCUCCACCAAAUAUUAGAGGAGCUAUUAACCAAAUUUUCCAACUGAACGUAACAGUUGGGAUAGUAGUGGCGAAUUAUGCGAACUAUUUGACUGCUGAUAUAAAGGGUGGAUGGGGAUGGAGAAUUGCUUUGAGUAUCGCAAUUAUCCCAGCACUAAUGCUUGGUGUUGGGUCUCUCUUCCUACCUAACUCUCCCAAUUCUAUGCUUGAAAGAGGCCAAUCUGACAAGGCCAAAGAGUUGUUACAAAAACUACGCGGCGAUAGUGAUGUGGAUCAGGAAUUUCAGGACCUAGUUUUUGCAUCCGAGGUUGCGAAAAAGGUAGACAAUCCGUGGAAGGACAUAAUGAAGCCAAGAUAUAGGCCUUACCUUGUCAUGUGCAUUCUUAUUCCAUUUUUCCAGCAGUUCUCUGGCAUUAAUGCCAUCAUGUUCUAUGCACCUCUUCUCUUCAGGGCUCUAGGCUUCGGUGAGAAGGCUUUGAUGCUGUCUUCGGCCAUCACUGGAGUUGUUAAUGCCGUUUCCACUUGUGUUUCUAUUGCCUUGGUUGACAGUAGUGGGAGGAGGCCUUUGCUCAUUGUAGGUGGUAUUCAAAUGUCUAUUUGUCAGGCAGCAAUAGCAACCUUUAUCGCCGCCAAGUUUGGAGUCUCGGGUCUGGGGGCUUUAACAAAAAGCGAAACGGAUUUGAUGGUAGCGCUCAUUUGCUUCUAUGUAGCAGCAUUUGCAUGGUCUUGGGGUCCUUUGGGUUGGUUAGUACCAAGUGAGAUCUGCCCAUUAGAGAUCAGAUCGGCAGCUAAUGCUCUCAAUGUCUCUGUGAACAUGCUUUUCACCUUUGUGAUUGCUCAAUCUUCCUUUCUUAUGUUUUGCCACCUCAAGUUUGGCCUCUUCUAUCUCUUUGCCGGCUUCUGCGUGAUCAUGACCGUCUUUAUAUACUUCUUCCUGCCGGAGACCAAGCACGUCCCAAUUGAAGAUAUGAACUCAGUGUGGAAGGAGCAUUGGUUCUGGGGGAAGUAUAUCCCCGACGAUGCUCUUCCUGACCGUAACGCAUUUCGGAAUCUCCAUGUAGACUACUCUAAUUAUUAGGCUGUACAUUUUCUCUUGCUAGGAAUUAAUCAGAGUUCUAUAGUUCAUAUAUUGAUUUUGACAGUUUAUUUGUUUGA